AUGACUCUAGAAGACUUUGAGAGAGAGCUGGCGGAGCAGAAAGAGUCAGAGAAAAGGCGAGAAAAGCGCAGGGAGCACGACAAAUCUGAGCAUCGCCAUCGUCACCACCAUCGGAGUUCGAGGCACCACGACUCACACUACCAUGACGAGGACGGCCAUCGCUCGAAGAGAUCGAGGCGCUCAAGGGACGAUCAUGAGUCGGAGAGCAGACAUAGGCACAGACAUCAUCGCCACAGCAGAGGUGAACAAGGUGCAGACGAAGAUGAGCAACAACCGCUGUCAGAGACGCCUGAGUCGGGUGGAUUGAAGCGUGAUUCAUGGAUGGAGGCGCCUUCGGCCUUGGAUAUUGAUUACGUGCAGAGGAAGAGACCCGAGCCUUCCCCACCGAAGACAACAAAUCUAGGCGUAGAUUUCGAGUUAAAAAUACAUGAGAAGGAACUGAACCACCACCUGCGGGAUCUAGAGAAUGGUACAGCUGUGGAUGAUCUCGAAAGCCAACCUGCCGCGCAUGAAGUGGAUUACACAUUUGGAGAUGCUGGAUCUCAGUGGCGCAUGACCAAGCUGAAAGCGACAUAUCGGCAAGCCCAAGAAACUGGCCGUAGGGUGGAAGAUGUCGCCCUAGAACGAUACGAUAGUCUACGGGAAUUUGACGACGCACGAGAAGAAGAAAUCGAACUCGACCGACGCAAGGCUUAUGGAGACGACUAUGUAGGGAAGAACAAACCCAGUGGCGAUCUGUUCCAGGAGCGGAAGCUCGAUGCCGGGAUCAGGCGGCCUCACCGUCGAGAACAGGAGACCAGCCCGGAUACCGUACUCGAACAAUUGCCUGUUCCGUCCACCAAUACCGUCGCUCCGAGAGUCGAUCAAACAGCUCUUAACAAGCUCAAGGCACAACUCAUGAAAGCUCAAAUGCGGAAAGACCCCAAAGCGGCCGAGCUGGAGAAAGAGUACAACGAUGCAUUAACAGCAUUCCAGUCCCAAGAUCCAGCGGUCAUCACCCUAUCCGCCAUGAAUAACCGGAUGCUGUCAUCCGCACCGCGGAACGAAGUUAAAGCUGUCCAGAACCGACGAGGAGCCGAGCGUGGUCAGGUGGAAGAGAACGAAGACAUGAGUAUUGAGGAUAUGGUCCGCGAAGAACGUCGCACUCGCGGACAGGCGGUUGGUGAUGGACUUCGUCUUGCAGAACGUAUCGCUAAAGAUGCGAAAUUUGACAACGAUCUCGAUUACAUGGAUGAGAAUGCGACAAAGCUGGCAAAGCAUGUCCACAAGUCCGACAUGAAUCUCCGCAACAUGGCCAUUGGUGAAUACCAGAAGCUCAACAAAACUCUUGAAAACUGCCCGUUGUGCCAUCAUGAGGACACCGAUACUCCUCCCAUUGCCCCGGUCGUUUCUCUUGCGACCAGAACAUAUCUUACACUCCCGACCGAACCGGAACUCUCACCACAGUCCGCGAUGAUCGUCCCAAUCCAACAUCGCACGAAUUUACUCGAAUGUGAUGAAGACGAAUGGGAAGAGAUCCGCAAUUUUAUGAAGUCUCUCACCCGCUUGUUCCACGACCAAGGCCGCGAUGUCAUUUUCUACGAAAACGCGGCGUUUCCGCAUAGGAAACCGCACGCCGCUCUCACAGUAGUUCCUUUGCCCUACAGCCUCGGUGAAACUGCACCAGCCUUCUUCAAGGAAGCCUUUCUGAGCACAGAGGACGAAUGGUCGCAACAUAAAAAGAUAAUCGACACCCUUGCUAAGGCGAGGUCAGGAGGAUUACGGAAGCUUGCCUUCCGAAGGACUCUCGUCAAAGAGGCACCCUACUUUCACGUGUGGUUCGAGUUGGAUGGUGGGCUUGGGCACAUUGUCGAGGACCAGGAGCGGUGGCCCAGAGGUGAUUUGUUUGCGCGAGAAAUCAUUGGAGGCAUGCUUGGACUUGAGCCGGAUGUGAUUAAGAGGCAAGGUCGGUGGCAUCGAGGUACCGACAAGAGAGUCGAUGGAUUCAGGAAGGUGUGGAGAAAGUUCGACUGGACUCGGGUUCUCACUGAAGGAGGCGCAUGA